AUGAAAUAUUUAAUGGUGAUAUUAACUCUGUUUAAGUUAUCGGGAUUUAUAGCUGGGCAAGGUGCAUGUAAAAAAGUGAAUUCUUGUAAAUGUAAAUUGGAUGAUGGAAAAGUAAUAGACUUGGAUCCAGUGGCAAAAUCUAAUGGACCUGCCUUUCUUGACGUUAUUGACGUUGCGCAGCUUGACCAGUAUUCUUGGAAUCCAUGUAAAUCUUUCUCAGAAGGAGCGUGCACCAAUGCAGCGGUAUGUCAGACCCACGCUAGCCUACAGUAUAACUGCGGUACACAAGACAGUGCUGUAUUUGAUUAUGAUACUACUAAUCAACUAUACACAAUAACAUACAGCGCAGAUACUGUUACAAAGAGCAAUGACCUCAGAACAACAAUGUUAUAUCUAAAGUGUGCUCAAGGCCCGGAUGUCUUUACACCUGCUGGAGAAACGACCCAAGGAACUUAUGUAUUAACUUUUCAAAGUAAAUACGCAUGUCCCCGAAAGGAAAGUGGGAUAUCUGCAGGAACCAUAUUAAUUAUAAUAUUUUUUAGCCUGUUAUUUGUUUAUUUGAUUGGCGGAGUGUUAUUCCAAAUCUUUAUCAAGAAGAAUAGUGGCAAGCAUGCAAUACCUAAUUCUAGUUUCUGGUUCGGACUUCCAGGUCUCAUUAAGGAUGGUGUGUUAUUUAUAGUUCGACGAGGGAAGAAAGGGACAUAUAACAGUAUUUGAAAGAAGAAUUAUAACUUAGAAAGAAAAAUAAUUUCUCUAUUUUAUAUAAUAAACAUACUCAGCGAUGGGAAUUACAGCACAUAGAUAUAAGGAGUAUCUUAGUGUAAAAACAUAGACAAAGUAGUUAUCAAAAUAUUUGGAUCAUGAAAAAAUAUCAUAAAGAACUUGUACCAAAGAAAA